AUGUUUUUAAGAAUAUGUUUUUUACUGCUGAUAAGUACAGUUCAUGUGAGUUGAAACUUAUAGAAAGGCGUCAGAAACUUCAAAAUUUUGCAGGCAAAAAAGAUGAUAUUGACGAACCAAAUUUCGAUGAAGUUUGACGGGAAAAACAUGGUUAGUGCUUUUGUUUUCCACAUCUGAUGAUUCAUCAAAAAAAGAAAAACUUUUUGGGUUGAAAUUUAAAAUUUUUUUGUGAAUUCACCUAAUUGCUCUAUAAAAGGUCUUUAAAAACGAAUUUUUUUAUUUUUUUUCUGCGCAAAUUUUAAUUUAUUUAAGAUAUAUGUUUUUCAAAACUGUAGAUUUGAUUACAAACCUGAUUUUUGUGUUAACAGCGAACUGUCUAAAAUCAUAUCACCGUAGUCGCGCUGAUAUCAAGUAUGAAAAAAAUAUUUUUUUUUAAUUUUAAAGCAAUAGGAAAAAAAUUUAUAGGAUAUUCAGAAUUCACUCAGAAUUACUUUUAGAACCUUUCAACAUUUCAAAAAAAAUUGCGAAACCUUUUGAAAACAUUUUCAACAAUUGUAACUAAAUGAAUUAGAAAUCAACACCGGCCAGUUGGGAAAGUACAGCUGCUUCCAGCGAGGAAGUCUCAUACGAACAGACCGAUUCUCGCCCUUCUACAAACCAGAAGCCGAGUAAGCGUCAACCAAUAUUCAAAAAUAAUGCAGCCUUCGGGCAAGUCAUCCAAAAAGACGGGCUUUAUCCAGUGUUUACGUACAGGCCGCCGCAUUUGAAAGGCAAUUAAUGAUGUCUUCCUUUUUUCUCGAUUCCCAGGAAGGGAAGAAGACAAAAAUGUGUCAGGAAACAACGUGUUUCAUUCAGAAAAUUUUUAAAAACAACUUUCUUGCAACUACAUCAAAAAAUAUUUUUUUAAACCGCUUGUUUUAGAAUAGUUAUUUAAUUUUUUUCUGAAUACGAUUGAAUCAUCAGUAAAGUCAAGAACCUAUAAAUGCAUUUUUUUACAGCUUCAAGAGAUUAUUGGGCUGCUUCGAAACCAAAACAAGUGGGCAUAGAAGUAACUCCAGCGUCCACACCCGCUGAGGUUUCUCAUUUUCGUGGCUUCGUUUAUUGUUUUAUAUUGUCACGAUACGAUCGGAAAAAAAAAUGAAAAAGGCUAUUUUUCUGGCUCUGAAAAAUGUUCUGAACUUUUGAUCUACAGCACAAAGAUCAUAGCCCGCUUUAUGAAGAAAGUCUCUAACUAGCCUCAAAUGGAAGUGUACGUCAAACGGACUCUUAUAGCGUGCGCUGUGUGUAAACAAUCCGUAACUAAAAAGUUUCUGAGACCUCUAACAAGUGCAGUCAUUCAACUCGAUACUUUGAACUCUCAGAAAAUGUCAAUCUUUAGAAAUUGAUUGAAAAACUGGUGCAUUCUGUGUUCUCAGGGCUUUUUCUUAUCAUUUUGUUCAAAGUAACAUUUUCAGGAAGAUUUCCUUUCCAAAUUCCCUAAAACUGCCUGGAGUCACAGUGCUGAAGACGAUGAAAAUGACGGUAUUUUUCGUAUCCUUCUUUUUUUAUCGAUCCACUUCCAGAUAUUUCUACUACAGUAGCUCCUUCGAGUGAAAUCACUGAGAAGGUUCAUUUUGAAGAGAACUCAAUUUAUAUACUAUCACUCAGAAAUUGAAAAGAAUUUCGCUAAAAGGAUUUGGAGACAAAAUAGCUCAACUGGACGAAAUUGAAAGAAGGCAACAGAUCGCGAGAGCGAAAUCUCGAUCACAGAAGAAAAAACGAACUCAUCGGUCCGUCCUCACCUUUAGACUUUGUCAACCUCAAUAUAUUUGUUUUCAGAAAGUAUCAGCUUGGCGACAAGGAAAAUCAAGUUCCUAAAACAUCAAGUGCAGAACAUAAAGUAGAAAUGGUAAAGAGUGAAGAGCCGUCAAGAUUGAAUAAAUACACUUCCUCUUCAACAACAACUACAACAACAACCGAGGAGCCCAAAACUACUCCGAAGGUUUUUUAAAAUCUUAACAUCUGAAUCUUUUUUUUUUUGAAGAAAAAAUUACGAAGAAAGUUGAAAAAACGAGUUAUCGAUAGAAAAAGAAAACAGGUAAAUUUUUUUUACCUUUGUUCACCUUCCGAUUGAUUUCAGCACUCGUUUGAGCAAGAAUCAUAUCUUGGUGGAUGGAAAGAAGAAGGAAUAGUGGUCCAGCCAAUUGUCCGGUAUAUUCUGAUUGUUCUUUUUCCAAAAUGGAUAGACUUUUUAGAGAUCGUUCUUCGAGCAAGGAAGAAACCCCAGCUCAACCGAAAACAGUCAAGUUGUACCUUUUUCAUUAAAAAAAAACGUGACUGGUUAAGGAAAGAGGGAUUGAGAGAAGAAGGUGAAGUAGUGCGACCGGAGCUCACAAAGUUUACAAACUGUGGUUGAUCUUUUAAUUUUAAAUUUUCAGUGUGGAAACUUCGAUUGACCAAAAAACUUUGAUGGUUCCCGUGGAGCAAUCAGUCAACGAUACUUACCUUAAAGCAUACUAUGAAGCGUAUUACAAAGAGUGGUACAGGUAUUGUUUUUUUUAAAAAAAGGCGUGAAAAAAAUACAAAGAAAUAUAUUGAAGGCUUUGUCGCCACAGUUGUAAUGUUUUUGAUCGGAAUAUUUUACUUCUUGAAACACUAUGAAGUUAUUCGAUUGACUCAAACUUUUUCUAGAGCUGUAUUUUCGGCCGUCCCAGAAAAAAAUGGACUUGAAUGAAAAUUUUUUUUCUCCACGCAAAGUUUGAGCUUUGAGGUAACCGUUAUGCUUGGAGUCUUUUUCGUAAUACUUUGUCGUUUGAAGUUCCAGGAAAUAAGAAUCAUCAUAAAGAAAAAAAUUUAUUUUUUACUAAAUUUUUUGCAUUGAAAUUACUUUUCAGACUGAACAACAAAGCUCAACUAGAGCAGCAAACUGCGCAGCCGAAGAAAAUCACGAUUGGCUUAAAAAAUAAAAGUAGUGAAGUUCGAACUCCAGCGACUACCGGAACUUCAACAGCCCCCGCAAUACCACCACAGCAGGCGCAAGUCGCGGCUGGUCCGCCGCCCAAUGCGCCUCCGAACGGAUUGCCAGGAAACCCAUUUGUAAAUAUUUCAUUCUAAAUUCAACACAAAAUUUUGGACUUUUCACAAAAAAACUUUAAGUCAACUCUUUUUAAUUGGAAAGGUUCUCAAACAUGCCUAAAAACACUUUUUUUUUAUGAAUUUAUCUCAUAUUUAAAGUAUUUAAAGGCGCCCUAAGCUUUUCAAAAAUAUUUGAGCUAUUACUGUUUUUUUCCAAACUUUUCUGAAUUUUUAUUCAAUAGAUAAAAUAACGCAGACUUCUUAAGAAACGGAGGUUUUUCUCAAUCAAAAUUUUUUCAAGGCUUUCCUGGACCCAGUGCAAACAGGAGCGGUUUCUCCUUCCAAACAGCAGCUCGACACUAUCUGCCAUUCAAUACGAGCUGUUUCAAAGUCUUUUGGCAUUCGCGAUCCUAUUUCUUUUGCCAAAAACAACUGCGGAUUUGUCAAGUUGUAUUAUCCCAACGUGAGUUUUGAUAAAAGCCGUAAAUUUCGAACUUUUUCUGAAAAAUCUCAAGGAAUCUCCAGAUAAAAAAACAAAUAAGUGCUAGCCACUUCUGAUUUUCAAAAAAAGAUAACUCAAAAAAAUUAAGUUUCAUAUAAAUUUUUAAGCAAGCCUUUUUUUGAGUCAAUUUCUCUUGAAAAAAAGGGAGGUCCAAGUUCAGAUUGGAAAUGGAAGUUUUCCGUGGAUUUUUUUGAAAAAAAUUUAGUUUCGCCUAAAGUAAUUUUUUUCCUUACAUUAAUGAAGUAAUAUCAAAACUCUGAAGGCAGUAUUAGUUUUUCCAGUAAAUUACAUAUUCAAUGAAGGAAAAAGCUAAUUAAAAAAAUGUUUCAGGUAACAUGCCUUCAAAUUCAACACACAAUGGAAUACUGUGCGCCAAUUCUCUCCUCAUGA